CUGGCAUCAACAAUAUCAAUCUAAAAUCUGAUAUUUAUUUUAUUAUUAACGAAUACAGUUAUAAAAUAUGUUCGAAUUGUAAAAGGGUUUUGCUGUUCAUCAAACUACUUUUCAAUAUAUUUGAAUUCGGGCAGGAAGUAGGUGAAAGUUAAUUCACUAGCCCGAAAAAGCUAAGCAAAGAAGAAUAACGAAACAGAAUAGAAAUAUGAAAAAAAAUUGCAUUUCAGAGUUGUUUUUGGCCGUCAAGCAUUAAGUGUGGAUGAUAAAGAAUUAAAAAAUAGUGAAAAAUAAAUACUGAAAGUUUAUAAAUUUUUUAAGGCAAUAGUGAGGCAUUCAAUAUAGCCCGAAAUCCCAUUGUAACUUUUGGCGGUUGUCGGGACAUACCGCAAGUGGACUCAUUAGAUUCAAUUGACCCCAUCGUAAUACGUAGUAGCUUACUAUGGACGCGAGAAAAAACAAAAUGUGUAAAGUUAGGCUGUUGAGGCGCCUUCGGCCAGAGUUAAUGGAUAAGUUGAAAACGAAACGAAUGUUAGCCAGAACGGAAUUACAAUUUAGUUCCACAUCAUCGGAGACGGAGGAAGAUGAUGCAGUCGUGGAAAAAAUUAGUGUUCAGUUAAAAAGUCCUUUGGCAUUGGGCAAUCACAAAGACUUCGAUCCCUUCGUUUUAUUGACAGAAGCCCAGCAAGCUCUAAGCAUGAAAAAUGAAAAAGAUGCAACAGAUCAGGCGGAAGCAACGAGGAAAGUUGGCGGGGAAAAUUUGUCUUUAAGCACCACAACAUCAGCAUCAUUUGAAAAAUCAUCUAAGAUUAUAAAAAAAAGUUGUAAACAAAGACCCUACCAAUCGUCGUUGCAAUGCGGACGACGUAUACGAAUAUCCACACUAGAUUCUGUAUAUUACCACAGCGACGGAGAAGGGACAUGUAGCUACAAUUGCAAUAACAAACGAAUACCUGAUGUUAGUGAAGGUGCUAAAGCCCUUUCUCCAACGAGGCGGCGUAGUAGUACUGGAAGCACCUCACCUUUGUUGUCUGAAAAAUGCUCAAUGCGUUUUUCGAAACUUUUUGGUAGCAAUUGUAUUUCAGUUAUGGACGACGAGAAUCCUCCCACAGCUCUAUCGAAAAUACUUUCUAUCAAAGAGUUCGAUCCUUUGGCCCCGCAGCAACAAGUUGCGCUAAUUAUUAAAUCGAUAGUGUCACUAUCUGAGCUCAGUCGACGUGAGGACAACAUUGUUAGUGUGGAUAUUGACAAACGUCGUAUACUAGAAUUUUCCUCAAUGAGUCUAGAAGACAAGAGAAAUUGCCGACUCAAUCCGUACAUGGAUGUUUCCAAUAUCAUCGUUACGCACACGGAUGAUGAAUUCUUUACAUUUUGUCUAUGUAAACACUGUGAGGAAUAUCGGGAACUCGUCAUACAUAUAAUGGUGGAACAAUUUAAGGCCGCACAUAUGGUGGUGAUGCUCUUAGAUGUUCUUAUUAAAGCCUAUGGACCGAUGUUAAAGAACAUCACCGCUUAUAAUAAAUUUGAAAAAUUGCUCGAUAGCAAUAAGGAAAUUUAUUGGAUUACUUGCGGAGUCAUCUAUCACAAGAAGGGAGAGCAUUUGGAUUUUAUAUACGAUGAAUAUUUAUCGGAUAACAUGAUUUUUGUUCUCUUCAGUUCUAUUUUGAUGCUAAACAAUCCGUUGCUGCUAUUGCAAAUAUUGGCUUUUCAUAUAGAGUGUAUUGUUAAAGCGUACGCAGAAGGAUUUUUGGAAAUCGUUGAGCCUGACCAAAGUAAAAUACCAGCUGAAGAAAUGAUUAACUAUAUACUUAAUGGGUAUGACGAUUUAAUUCGCAUAUCGGAGCAAGUUGCAUCAUACCUUUUUGCUUUCGAAAAUGACUUUUUGCGAAAAUUCUCGUUGACGUGGAAGCAUUUAUGUCAACGGCUGUACCAACAACAUGUGCAUUUGCAUUUGGCCGAUACAAUGCUAGCAUGUAUAAUUACACUUAAAGAGGAAGAACUUACAUCACAUCACACAGAUCUUAUAAAGCGUUAUAUACAAUUCGAUGAUACUAUGAAUUCUGUCGAAAAAAGGUGGACAGAUGUUUGGAUCGAAUUGAAUAAAUUUAAUUUGUCGGAGGUGGAACGCAAGAGGCGCAAAUCCCUAAUAGAUGUGUAUCGCAUAUUUGAUACUGUGGUACAGGAUGCCAUUGCCUUUUCGCUGCAGGACAGCGUUGACGACAAUGAUUUUUAUGAUUUCCGUUCUCUCAAAAAUCGACGUUUAGCAUGGAAGAAUAUUAUGUCCUAUACAAAAAUGAAAUGGCCCGAUGGAUUUUAUCAGCCGCCAAAUACUUUAGUGGUGGAUGAUAGAUGUAAGAAAUGCAAUGUUUCAUUAGAAUACCACGCAGAAUAUUGUAAAUGUAUAACAUGCUCAAUCGCUGGCGGACCAAUGCCACCAAGACGAAAUGACGAUGGCAAAUGUUCGAAAUGCUUGGCACAAGAAAUUGUCGAAAAGGAUGUGAAUUUGUACGAUUCGAAAAUUGUAAAGGCCUGUGCCAAUGAUGAUUACCAAAAUUUAACAAAAACUAACAACGGUGCAAAAAGGAAAAGCUCUGCUCUCCAUGAUGUUAGUCAAGAACUAAAUUCAACUCUUUCAUCCGUUGGAGAAAUAUUGAAUGGAAAUGCUGUGAAUAACAAUAAAAAACUCCCUGAAGAGUCUUCAACCACCGGAUACCAUAUUGCAUGGGCAGUUUUCAACCAUUUGAAUUGUCGCAAACGUUUUCCGAACACAACUAUUUCGAAGGAACACUUCUGUCACAAUUGCAAGAUGCCGUCGUGCCGACUAGCCCGAAAAAUUCUCAACAAUGAUAUAUCACUAUCGCUAUCGCAGGAUCUGAUUCACUACUAUCAACCCAUGUCGAUGAGUCGUGAAGACUUGCGUUUGAUUUUGCCCAAUAUUAUGUUGUAUAACCGCAAGUUAGUCGCGUCCAACAAUGGCCUAGAUUUAAUUGAUGUGCACGACUUGGUGGUGAAGAUUUAUUGGAUAUUUAUUAUUUCUGUGUAUGCGAUUUACUUUAUCGACUUCGACGAUGAUGUCGAUGACGACAAUGGAGAUCAGGAAAAUCCAAUCAACGUGGAAGCCCUGGAAUUGGUAAAUAAUGAUAUUGCUGUUAAUAUGGAGAAAAUAACUGGCAACAACGAGGAUACAAUGUUUCUAGAAUUUCUCGAUAAAAUUAAGAGUUUAUCACCAUAUAAUAAAGACCUUGAAUCCAACUUUGAUGCCGCCAUAAACAUUGAUAGCGAGGAAAUACAAAAGAAAUUAAAUGAAAUCCUUAAAAUCACAAAUAGUUCUGAAAAUAUUGCCCAAUGUGAAGACAUACCACCACCUCUGAUUGAUGCAAUAGAAGAAGAAAAUGUUCCCUUCUCAGAGGUAGAUCCUCCAAGUACCGUGGAAUGCCCACCUAAAAAGACAUGCCUGGCGUGUAAAUCAAAGAAAUUUACAGAUGAUCAUUGCGAUAUUGGUGGUGAUCGCUGCAAAGAAAAUCACUCAAGCAAAAAACGUUUAAAAAAGGAUUGCAACCACGCUCGCAUGAAUGAGACUAGGGAGAGACUACGUAAAAAGUUAUCUCAGAUUGUAAACGCACGUAAAAAUUCCAAACCAACUGAAACAGCUUCAGCGCCUGCUGCGGUAGGAGAGGCAGUGGAAACCCAAAAUCAAAUGGAAAACGUCUUAAAUGCAGAUGAACUGAAACUUUUUCAAGAGUUUCAGCAACAACUUCCCGAAUCAAUGCAAAGCCAAUCGUGGGAGGCUCAAUGUUUCUUGGCGACUUUUGAGCAAUUGCGCCAGGCAGCACGGCAUGAGGAAUUUCAAGAUGUAUGUGAUUGCUUGCAAUAUUUGCAAACAAAUCAAAAAAAUGAUUCCAAGUCAGUAAAUAAGAAAUCACAACAUAAACAAGCACAUCAAAAAUCUGCCCACUCAUCUCAGGCGUUACAGGAACCUCCAAACAAAAAAUCGAAUGUAAGUAACAACUCAACAAGGGACGCCUCUACAUCUAGCCAAGGUAUGAAAAUGAGAAACCGCAAUUGUGAGACCAAAAACGAAGCAAUUACAGGCAAACCCACUAAUCCAACGCCAACAGCAGCCACAAAUGGUGCACCUCCCCUGGCAACUUCUAGCGAAACUAAGGCAUUAACUAAUUUGGAUUUUGUUAGCGAAAUAUGUGAAAUAAUUGACAAUUAUUCCAAGGAGCAGGCUAAACGCAGGUGGAUUAAAGAGACCUUGAGUUUUAUCGAGGGUCCCACAGUAGCGCACGGGAAAAAGAAAUCACAGCCACAAACUUCCAAUCCGAAAAAAGCUGCGAAGAAAGCAAAGCAAAAGCAACGAAAGGACGAGGAAAAGCGAAUAGCUGAAUUACAGGACCUUAGGGCGCAAUUUCAGAAUAUCUAUUUCAAGGAGUUUACUGAAAAGCUGAAUUUGAAAACGCAGAAAGCAAACAAGAAACGCGAUAAAAAGAAAAUCGUUGAUAUGGAAAACAAUAUUAAAAAUCUGCAACGUGCCAAAGCAAAAGUUGAAACUGCCAUACUCGAAUUAAUUGCUACAGUGAAGCAAACAAAUGCCGAGUUUAAAUUUUCUUAUUUGCCAACAAAAGAGCAGCAGGUGGAAAAGCUCAAAGAGCUGGAAGGGCAAAAAGAGUGCCCUAAAGAAGGCGUGGAUAGUGUCGAGAACUCUUUGUUAAAGGGAGCAAGCGUGCAUCACGCUAAUGAAACAUGUGUGCCUUCACAGCCUUUUAGUGUGUCGCAGGCGAGCAACUUGAAUAUGGUACCAGAAGCAUAUAGUAUGCCAUACGCACAUGCCAAUCAUUUUCCUUAUAAUAUCGGCUUUCCGCCACCAGCUGCACCUGCGCCUUUUGGUUUGAUGCGUGCUACUCCAAUGUGCUAUGCCCCCCCACCGCCUGGUGCCACAGCGCAACAGCAACCAUUACGAUCCGAUGUUGUUGCUGCUAUGACAGCAAGUGCUACAAGCAAUAGCAGCAACGAUCCCUCCAAAAGAAUUGUUACAAUACGCAGAGUUAAUUUGCCAAAUGUACCGGAGCCCCAGGUCACCGUAACUGCCAAAGGCAGAAGUCCAGAUAAGGAUAAACUGCUCUAUACAUUUAUCAAUGGCCAACUUGUACAAACGGGUACAACGCCACCAACGCCACCAAUGCCAAUAAUAUCUUCAAUGCAACCCCUAGUUCAACCAUUGUCAAGUCAUUUAACCAAGCUACCACCAGAACAUCUUAUGCCUAUACCACCACUUCCCCCACAAAAAUUGACAAAAACGCAAAUGAAGAAGGAACGAAGACGUCUGGCCAAGCUUCAAUCGGAAGCUGAUGCUGCCGAAGAGGCUGAGAAAAUGCGCCAAGAGGAGGAGCAUCGGCGGUUGCAGGCACUAGAAGAGCAGAGGAAAUUGCAAGAACAAGAACUUCGACAACAGGAAAGUGAGCAACAAAAGCAAACUAAUAAAAAGAAGAAAAAAGUAACUGGACAAAAAAUGCAAAAAAAUCAAUCGAACCAAAUCGCAUCGAAAACACAAAAGAAGGAAAAUAAAACAACAACUGCAAAACAAAAUAAAUUAGCAAAUUCGAAUUCCACAACUUCUGUCUCGACCAAUGAGAAUAUUGAAUCUCCUCUGCAGCUACCAAAAGUAAUGAUGGCACAAAAAGCUACAAAACAAAAACGAUCAGUUUCUACAACCACAUCUUGCUCUGUAGUCACAUCAUCAUCGUCAUCUUCAUCCAACAAUUCUAUCAGUAGCCAAAUGAACACCAGAGAUAAUUCAGUAAGUAGCCUUAAACCAGGAAAUUCAAAGGGUUCCACUAGCAAAAAGGGACAGAAGGAACAAAAGUUGGCGGCAGGAUCAAACAACAAGAAAACAAACGUUUGCAGCAAAGGAAACUCUAAGAAAAAAUCAAAACCACCAACAUCUUCUUCCGGAGAUGAUGAUGCACCAAAUGUUAUUGGGUCAACUUCCAAAUCUAAUCAUAGCCCGCAAUGUAAGGGGAAACUUUUGCAAAACGUAGCAGAAAAAAAACAGCAACGUAACAACAAGAAGAUAAAGACAAAAAGUCCGGCCAGUUCAGAUACAGAAGAGGAUGUUAGUAAACCCCAACUAAUAUCGCAAAAAGUAAAAUCACACAAAAUAAGGCGUCCCAAAUUAGUUGACAAUGGCCAAUUUGAUAAUAACCCAUUUAUGUCAUUACACAUGCACGACUCUGAGACCGAUUGGAGCUCUUCUGCCGAAGACGCAGAUACCGAUGAAUGUGAGAUAGAAUUACAACUAGAGAGUGUUAAGACCUCCACCACCCAAACCCACUGCUACAACGAAUCGGAAAGAUCACAAAAUAAAAAGCAUAUAAAAAAUACCAAAUCGGAACCUCAACAUCCAACCUACGUCUCGAAAAAAGUUAUUGAAAAGGAUGCUAAAUCUCGUGACCAAUUAAGCACACGCGAUGCAAGUGGUAAAAUUGGUGGGGCAUCCAAGCAUCAAAACAAAAAUACUGCUAACAAAGGUUCGAAAGCACAACAAAAUGAAAAACUUUCGUCGCUUCCCAGUUCCAUAAGGCAGAAUGCUACAUUUCAGGAGAAAAACUCUCGAAUAUGUAGCAGUAGUAAUCAACAUCUGUCAAAGAACUCGUCUGCUGCAGGGCAACCAACUGCAUACGCUAGUAAUAGAAAAACGAAAAAUGACAAACGAUCAAAUGCGGUAAAUGCAGCGGCACAAAACUCGAAAUCGAAUGCAACUAAUGCCAAGAACAGCAAUCCCAACCGACCUCAAGCGAAAAACCUCCCUUCCAGCUCUAACCGCCCUCUAGCGGUUAAUGCCCCCCAUUUAUCGGCAGAAAGUGUUGGCAAUCAAAAGAUGUCCGCCACUGGUAAUGGGGGAGGUUGUGUUGGCGUGGUCGAAGGCAAAAAUAAUAAACGAUCUCAACGCAACAAGAAAUUCCAGCACAAGGGCAACAACUUGUCUCAACAUCAGAAUUGCUGUUCCGGUAUACCAAACAAUAUGGGCUACUUCAACCCAAACGAAGUGAAUAUCAUACCUUCCACAAAUCAUUCAAUACCACUCCAAAGUGCUGCAGGACAAAAUUGUUCUUAUCAAAGUCUCGCCGAACAAAUGCAAGCUAUGCGUUUGGGUGGCAAUGUAGUAAAUCAGCAAAUGUCUCCGACUCGAAGUCGAGCGCCCCAGUACCAGCACCGCCUUCAAAUCACAAAUAAUAAUAACAAUAUUAGUAUUAUGGAUCAAUUAAAUCGUGGCGUGCAAGUGGAAAAUCUAUCGCUGCCACCCGGUAUUACGUUGACUAAGGUAGACCCAAUUAAAAGCGAACAACUACGCCAAAAAUCAGAAUCUAUUAAAAAAUUGGCAAAACCCCUGCAACAGGCGCAACAGACAACGCAAACAUUCCAUCAUUCCCCAAUGGGUACAACUAUUAUUGCGCCGCCUGUAACUCCCAUGUCCAAUUUCUUUGGUACACCCUAUGCUGUGAAUUCUAUGGUUCCCACCGCCCUUGAUCAACAAAGUGGAAUUAUCAUGGUUGAAGCCAAUCCACCAAAAUCGUCUACAUCAACCACAACUUCGACAACAACUUCCUGCAGCAAUAAGCAGUCAAAAAAUAAAAAGAGGAACAACAAAUCGAAAGCUACUAACAGUGGCUCGUGCCCUAUGGGAAAUCCUGGACAUGCCAGUGCCAGCCAGGAAAAGAAUGGUGCGGCCAGUACUGGUCAGCCAAAAAUGAUUACCCUAAGAAAUCCAAUGUUCCACGGUGGUCCUGCAAACGCCCCAGCUACUAUGAUGCAACAGCCAGGAUUAAUACAAGGUCGUCCAUUGGAAACAUAUCCAAUGGCUGCUCCAUUGCCCGUGGACCAACCAGCUGCAAUCAUCAAAAAUGAAAAUGGAAUGUAUACCAUACGGAACCCGGCAUUACACCAGGCCGUUACCAAUGGUUUAGUACUCGGUGGUUAUAGGCAGUUUGGCAAUGUUAAUUUUUAUACACCUCAAGAGGCUGCAGCUGAGGCUACAAAAGCUACAAUGCAACAGCCAAAACAACCGAAGGAGAUUAACACGAGUUCAUCAACCGCCACAUCCUUUUCAUAUUUCUCUAAUGACAUGAUACCCACAAAUGCAUCUCACAAUAACAUAAGUAUUAGUUGUACCAGUGUUGGCGGCAGCAGUGGCGAAAACACUAUCAGCCCGCAAAGUACAGUAGGAGGUUUAACAGGUGAAGCAGCUGUUAUACAGCGCCCGACUCCCGCUACAAAAUGUAUUUCAGCCAUAGGUAGCGAAAUAAAAAGUGCCCAGCAGCAGAAACAGAAGUCUAAGGAGCAACAAUGGUCGCAUUUCGUACCCGAUACAUUGUCACGAAACAAAUCCGACAAUUUUACAAAUAACACACCGUUUUUGAGCUCCGUAGCCGAACGGACAUCAUCUUCAUCGGUUGCGGACAUGACCCUGCAAGAGAAAUACCAACAGUCCAAAUAUUACAAUGGUUUUGAUGUCUUCAGUAGUGGGGGUAGCAGUUCAUCCGCCACAGCCGCUCCACAUAUCCAUCAUAGUUGCGGAGAUGAUUCGCCACCUCCGUCUAUUACUGGUUACAACUCAUAUCUCGACGGCAUACCAAACACUGGGGUUAUUCGUUAUGACGAUGCCUCAUUUUUGAAGAAUUUAAUACCAGGACAAAAUCUGAAUACUGAGGUCUCCAUUCACAACGUUAACGACUCGAAUUUUGCUCGAAAUGCUAAUUCGCCACAGGCUCAUCGCGUGGAAAUCACACCAGUUUUCUGUGGUAAUCGGCCGCAAUCUACAAGUCUUUAUGAGGCAAAUGCAGCUCAAAAUAAUCAAACAAAUUAUCGAGGAAAUUAUCGUGAGCAGAUGAGUGACUUUAACAAUGAUUCCAACUUAUAUACCGGCAAUAAUAUCCCCAUGAAUCUUACCGAUCUGGAACCUGCGAUGAAAUACGAUUUUGAACCUUCACCCACAUCAAUAGCAAAUACAGCAUCAAGUGAUAACCGUAAUUCAAUAUUAGAUCUUAACAACUUACUAAACAAUAAAAAUGGAACCACUGGCCCAGCCAGCCAUUGCACAUCGCCAUACAUGGACGAAAAUACUAUAGACGGUUUUGUACAAAACAUGAAUUCCUUACGCAUCUCUUCGGCCUCGACUGCAGCAGACGAGCAAAGCUCUCAAAUAAAUGGCAGUGACAUUGGUCACACGCCGAGUUCCAAUGUAUCAAACGGGGGCUGGUGGUAAACAGUUAUUAGCCCAUGACACCUACAUUCAUAACUUAAACCUGUAUUCACCGCUGCUUUGGAUGUGCUCUCAUACAACAGACUUUUAAAUUAAAAGCUAUUCAAAGAAUAGAUUCUCUUUCCCCAUUUAACAUUAUAUGGUAAUAUUAUUAUUUGCAAUAUAUUCAAUACAAACAAUAAAGAAGAAAUAUAAACACA